GUACUUUCGUUUUCUCAGUAUUGAAACACUUCACUUGGUUGCUCGGCUCUCUUUCACUUCAUUGUUGCACAUCUGCAGACAUUCCCUUCUCUGAUCAAGAAUGUCAUUUUUUGGUACACACAUAUCCUCGGACACCAAAUCCAGCACCACACCUACAAUACUCAGUUUUGGUUUAGGAACAUCUUCAGGCACCAAAUCCACCGUAGCUGCAGUACCCACGUUUGCUUCUUUAGCCACAUCUUCAGAAACCAGCAGCACACCUCCAAAAGCCAGUUUUGCUUUAGCCACAUCUUCAGGCACCAAAUCUGAUCGCAAUAAGCCUAAAAAAGUGGCAGUACCUCAAUUCUCUCUUGGAGCAGAAUUUCCACUCUUGCUGGAAAAUGAGUGGAGAAAUAUGAAGUGGAGUGAGGAAGUGAGAGAGACACUGAUGGAGUCUGUCAGGUCAUUUAAACCCACCAGUGAGACUGUUACCGAGGCCAGAGUUCUGCUGAUCGGUCCAGUCGGUGCUGGCAAGUCCAGCUUCAUCAGCUCUGUCCAGUCCGUCUUCUCUGGACGAGUCAUCAACAGGGCCAUGGUGGGCUCUUCCUCCUCCACCAGCUUCACUAAAAAGCUUCGCUCUUACAACAUCAGAGGAGCAGGAGAGAAAGCGGACGAGCCCACAGCUCUGGUCUUGUGUGACGUGAUGGGUGUUGGUGAAGGAGAAAGCACUGGACUCUCUCUUCACGAUGCACUGUCUGUCAUUAAAGGCUGCGCACCAGAGGGACACCAGGAUAGCAUUAAAAACAAUGGUGUACACCAGGCGGCGUUGCUGACCCAUGUGGACCAGGUGUGUACCGCGACCAGAAGAGACAUCACCAAGGUUUACAAGAGCCAGGCUGUUCAGCAGGCGAUGGUGAAGGCCGGAGAGCUGCUGGGAAUGGCCACAUCCUACAUUGUGCCGGUGAAGAACUACUGCUCAGAGCUGGAUCUGGAUGAAAACACUGAUAUUCUCCUGCUCAGCGCCGUCGAUCAUAUCUUACAAUAUGUGAAUCUGUACUUUCAAGACAACAGCGAUUAAAGCAUUACAGUAAGAAUUUGAGAGAUGCCCCAAAAAAUAGUUCAUCCCAGUUUUGUCCCAUUGAAAUGUUGAUGCCAAAGCUUAUAAUUUUUUGCUAAAAUAUUGUGGUGAUUUGAAUUUUUAUAAAACAGAUUUUACUUUUUAUAACAGUAUUUGUGAAGUUGAACUGAAAAGGUUUGACUAAAGCUUUGCUUUUAAUAAAGUUUGCUAUGUCUUCGUUCAAACCUACAAAAAUAACGUAUAGGUUGUAAUAAUGUAAUACAUUAUUAUAUGACAUAUAA